CCAUUGUAGACUGUAGAGUCAGGAGAGUAGUUGCUUACUUGCCUCUUCAUCUUCCAGCAGGGUACUAUGCUCUCCCCAUCUUCCAUUUUCCGGCCUCCCUCUUCAAAACUCCAACAUUUUACUGCACGCUCCUCUACUUGUUUCUUCAUUUUCUCUCGUGUAAAAGUCUGCAAAUGUGGAGCAUCUUCAUAUCCGCUUUGGGUUGAUAGCAACAUCUGCAAGGCACUGUGGAGCUAGCAUUCAAGUGGUUAAAUUGAACCCACACUCUCAUUUUUCACUCAAUAUGCUCUCUCAUUCAUGAUACUCAUAGAGUUGUGAUAAAGGGUGGUGGUUGGGUGAGAUAUGCAGACUCAAAAGCAAAGAAUUGGUUCCUCUGAGGCACCUCAAAGAAGAAAAAGAUCACCACAAUCGGUAUCUUCGAAAGUGCCUACAGAAAUCUCACCACAGCCCAUUUCUCAAGAAGUUCGUCGAAAAUCAUCUCCACGAAAUUCCUCUCAUUAUACAUCUCUUCAAAAGGUAUCUCCACGCGUCGCCCGCAAGCUUUUGCCAGAAAACUCCGGUGCUAAGGCAUCCUCUCAUGUAAUUAGCAGCCCAAAGCAGAGAAGUCCCAAAGGCAAUGAGCAAAGGUCACCCCAUAGUUUAGGUUAUGAGACGCGUCCAAGCAGACACAGUGAGUUGGAAUCUCAGAUUUUUGAGCUGCAGAAUGAUCUAAAGAAAGUGAAAGAGGAGUUACGUUUCGCAGAAGCAUUGAAGAAUCAAGCAAAUCAAGAAGCAGACGAGUCGAAAAAGCAGCUUUCUCUCUUAUCUUCUAAACUUGAAGAAUCUCAAGAACUUCUGUGGAAACAGACAUUCCCAAAGGCCACCCAAUCCGAGAACUUGAAGGAAAAUCUUCCCGGUACUCUAUUGCUAGUGGAGGAAAUGAAAGCCCAACUAAGGGACUGCAAAGUUUCAGAAGCUCAGGCAAAAGCUCUUGUCAAUGAAACCUUGCUGCAGCUCGAAGCAGCAAGAAGAACUGCAGAGACGAUCAGAUCAGAAGAAACCCAGAAAGCUCUUGAAAUGGAGAUUUCUUCCAUGAAAUCUGAGAUUGAAAGCCUGAGCGACGCUUUGGAGGCAUCCGAAGUGAGGAACACUGAAGAAGAAACCCUAAGCACUAUCAAGAUCAGAAGUGCCUACGAGUUUGUUGAACGGAUGCUCUCCUCCUCAAACCAGAAAGAGGCUGAGCUUAAAGCCGAGGUGCAGAAACUGAGUGCAAAAGUUGAGGAGUUGAAGGCAAACCUUAUGGACAAGGAAACCGAAUUGCAGGGGAUAUGCGAAGAGAAUGAAAACUUAGCCUUAGAACUGGAGAACAGACGUUCUGGGCAGGAGGAAAUGGAGUUGGAAAGAGAGAUUCAAUGUGUGAAGGAAAAUCUAGCGAAGAAGGAAGCGGAGAUGAAGAAGAUGUCAGAUGAAAAUGCAGAAAUGGGAGCAGAGAUGAGAAGGAUGAAGGUGCAGUGUGAGCAAUGGCGCAAGGCUGCAGAGGCUGCCGCUGCAAUUCUUUCGCCAGGGGAGAAAGAAAGAUUCGCGGAAAAGGAAGACGGGGAUGAAGAUUUGCAGAAGAGGAAGAAUGCAAAUAUGGUUAAGAGGCUUGGCAUCUCAUGGAAGAAGCAACACAAAUAGGAGUUCCUUGCUGUUUUGAUGUUACUGUUUUUUGUUGUUGUUUCCUACUCUUUGUGUUCAUCUUAGAAUGCUGCUUCUUAUGUUGUUGCCUUAAGUAAUGGUUUUAUAUUUGUUGCUUUUCCUCUCUUUGGGUGUAUUCCUCAUUUGGUUUAUUUUCAUUUUUAGGAAAGUGGAUGCCAUCAAUCGGGCAUGUAGUUAAGAUGUGUUUAACCCGGGCUUUAUAGUGGUAUAGAUUUAGAGAAUUCGGAGUAAAACAUUGAAAAAGUA